ACACCAGUGGAAAACAUGGCGGCCGUCCUGGCGAGGAAGGUGUCGGGACUGCUGAGGCCGCUCUCUGUGUCUUUGUGCGCCCGUACACCGAAGACUGCUCAACUGUCUAACCUCACAAGGUCCCACGCCUCUGUGCAUCUCUUCGUUUCCCGCUAUCCUCACUCCUUGUCGGCUACAAACUGUCUCCUACCUCGAUGUGGCCUCCUCCAACGGGCCUCUGCUCUCAUUGCCCCCUUGAGUCAGCAGCCCAUCCGAAGUUUGACAUACUACAGUGUAAAGAAGGGCAAGAGGAAGUCUGUCAAGUCUGUGACACAAAGGUUCAUGAGGUUGCACUGUGGCCUGUGGAUUAGGCGUAAGGCUGGAUACAAGAAGAAACUGUGGAAGAAGAAACCUGCCAGAAAAAAGCGCCUGCGGGAGCACGUCUUUUGUAAUAAGACACAGUGUAAACUUUUAGAUAAAAUGACAUCACCCUUUUGGAAAAGGAGGAACUGGUUUUUGAAUGAUCCGUACCUGAAGUACCACGACAGGGUAAACCUUAAACUGUAAUUCACGUAUUGUUGAAUAAAUGUUAUAAUCCCACAA